AUGGAGGUAAUUGAGUACGUCUUUCGCAGGCUGUACCAGGUCGGUAUUCGCUCAGUCCACGGUGUACCAGGAGACUACAUCCUCGAUGGCCUGGAUUACCUCUCACGCGCGGGCCUAGAGUGGAUAGGGAGCGUCAAUGAACUGGAAGCUGGCUACGCAGCAGACGGAUAUGCGCGUGUAAAGAGCGUUUCGGCACUCGUAACAACAUUCGGGGUCGGUGAGCUAGGCGCCAUCAGCGCUUUAGCAGGUGCAUAUGCAGAACAUGUUCCCAUCAUCCAUAUUGUCGGGUCGCCGAUGACUGGAGCCCAGGCUAAAGGCAAAAUCAUGCAUCACACUCUAGGCGACGGCGACUAUGGUGCGUUUAGAACCAUGAGUGAAAAGGUGUCGUGCUUCGUUGCAAAUAUCGAGACCACAGCGGAAGGCGAACGGGCGCAGGUCAUUGACCAUGCGAUUCGUGAAUGCGUCAUUCAGAGGCGACCGGUCUACAUUUACAUCCCUAUUGAUUUACUGAUGGCGAAGAUUGAUGGUGCUUCCUUGAACAAACAGAUCGAUUUGGAGCGUCCAUACGAUCAGAGGAGCGGGGAUCAGGCCGUCCAGGCGGUGUUGAGUCGUCUCUACAGUGCGAAGAGACCGGCUAUUCUUGUCGACCAGGGUGCAGGAAGCUUCGGCGCUCUGCGACAAGUCCGUGAAUUCGUGACGAAGACCGGUCUACCCACCUUUGUCACAGUUAUGGGAAAGAGUAACGUUGACGAAUCUCUACCGAAUUUCUGCGGUGUCUAUCAAGGCACGUCUUCAAGCCCCAAGGUCAAGGAGCAUUUCGAGGCUUCAGAUGUCGUCCUUGGUAUUGGCAUCAUCCCUUCAGACUACAACACUGGUGGCUUUACCGGGAAGUCGGUGAGCGUGAAGGUGAAAGUUCAGGGUUCGCUUACCGUGGUGGAGGACUCCCAAUAUUCUGGAAUUAGCAUGAGCCGUGUCCUCGACGAGCUCACCAAUAAGAUUGAGAAAAAGCCUGGAUGGAAUGAAUUAGCAAUACCAAGCGUCAAAGACCUGCAUGUCACCUCCACUGCCCUCGAGUCAUCCGAAACGAUUACCCAUUCCUGGCUAUGGUCACAUAUCAGUUCCUGGCUUCAAAGUGAGGAUGUCAUAAUAACUGAGACGGGAACCUCGAAUUUCGGUAUUGCCAUGACGGAGUUGCCUCGAAACACCCAGGUUAUCGCUCAAUGGCUAUGGGGAAGUAUUGGGUAUGCAACAGGAGCAUGUGAGGGCGCUGCAGUUGCUGCAAAAGAGCUGGGGAUGAAUCGCACGGUCUUGUUCACUGGAGACGGGAGUUUCCAACUUACUGCUACAGCCUUGAGUACAAUGCUUCGCCACGGUUUAACUCCGAUUAUCUUCAUCAUCUGCAACAAAGGCUUCACAAUUGAAAGAUACGUCCACGGCUGGGAAGCUUCCUACAACGACAUAAUGCCGUGGAAGUAUACUCACCUACCAGAGGCCUUUGGCGCUGCGAACGACAAAUAUCAGACUCAUCAAGUCAAGACCAAAGCGCAGUUUCGGCAUCUGCUCCAGAGCAAUGAGUUUACUAAGCCGACCAGGCUACAGUUGGUAGAGGUAUGGAUGCCUUUGGAAGAUGCACCAGACUCGCUUAAGUCCUCUGGUCAAGCUAUCAAGGAGAACGCCGGGUAA